AUGACACUUUCAUACCACUCCAUCUCGCCAAUUCUCAUCCGUAGUGCCAACAAAACCACCAUACAGGAAUACAAUUUCCCCCAAUUUAGCACCCGAGGUUUCAAAUUUGCCGGGCGCCGGUCAAUAGUAAUCUGCGAGAGCUCCCUCGCUAAACCACCCAACUCCCGAUCUAGAACCAGAUCCAAACCCAAACCGAAAGAACUGGUCUUUGGAUACCCUUCAAACAGCGUCGAAAAAGGCAAGUACAGCUAUGAAGUUGAAAGCCUACUGAAUAAACUAUCCGGCUUACCCCCACGGGGCAGUAUAGCUCGUUGCUUGGAGCCGUUCAAGAACAAGCUUAGCCUCAAUGACUUUGCUUUGGUUUUCAAAGAGCUUGCACAACGUGGAGACUGGCAAAGAUCUUUACGUCUCUUCAAGCAAAUGCAGCGGCAGGUCUGGUCGAAGCCGAAUGAUCAUAUCUACACGAUUGUUAUCGGGAUUUUGGGUCGUGAAGGUCUUCUUGACAAAUGCUACGACGUGUUCGAGGAAAUGCCCAGCGAAGGGGUGCCUAGAACCGUGUUUUCAUAUACCUCGAUCAUCAAUGCCUAUGGGCGAAACGGUCAGUAUGAAACUUCCCUACAGCUUCUUGAUAGAAUGAAAAAAGAAGGAAUUUCCCCCAAUAUCUUGACAUACAACACUGUGAUAAACUCCUGUGCGAGAGGUGGGUAUGACUGGGAAGGCUUAUUGAGUUUAUUUGCUGAAAUGCGACAUGAAGGGUUACAACCAGAUUUAGUUACUUAUAACACUCUUCUCGCUACUUGUGCUAAUAGAGGCUUAGGCGAUGAAGCUGUAAUGGUUUUCAGAACCAUGAACGAAGGUGGAACAAUACCAGAUACCACUAGUUACGAUUACUUAGUUCAAACUUUUGGCAAAUUGGGUAAUCUUAAAAAGGUUUCAGACCUCCUUAUGGAGAUGGAAUCAAGAGGGAAUUUACCUGAAGCAUCAUGCUAUAAUGUCCUAUUGGAAGCAUACUCAGAUUUGGAACAAACAAAGGAUGCACUGGAUGUGUUUAGGCAAAUGCAGACUGCUGGUUGUAUACCUAAUGCAACGACUUACACUAUUCUAUUGAAUCUUUUUGGGAAACAAGGAAGAUAUGAUGAAGUUCGUGAACUUUUUCUUGAAAUGAAAGUUAGCAGUAUGGGACUAGAUGCUGCCACAUACAACAUUCUUAUAGAUGUUUUUGGGGAAGGUGGGUAUUUCAAAGAAGUGAUAACUUUAUUCAAUGAUAUGGUAGAUGAGAAAAUCGACCCAAAUAUGGAAACAUAUGAAGGAUUAAUAGUGUCAUGUGGGAAAGGAGGACUUCAUGAAGAUGCUAAAAGGAUUUUACUACACAUGAGAGAAAACGGAUUAGUCCCAAGUUCAAAAGCUUACACUGGAAUCAUAGAAGCUUAUGGACAAGCUGCAUUAUAUGAAGAAGCUCUUGUCACUUUCAAUACAAUGAAUGAACUCGAUACUUUCAAUGGAGUGAUUGAAGCAUUUAGACAAGGGGGACAAUUUGAAGAUGCUAUCAAAGCAUAUGUUGAUAUGGAAAAAGCAAAGUGUAAUCCAGAUGAACGUACACUUGAAGCAGUUUUGAGUGUUUACUGCUUUGCAGGUCUUGUAGAUGAAAGUGAAGAACAGUUUGAAGAAAUUGAGAAAAUGGUGGAGUUGCCUAGUGUCAUGAGCUACUGCAUGAUGCUAUCAAUCUAUGCAAAAUCUGAAAGGUGGGAUGAUGCACAUGAGUUGUUGGAUGAGAUGAUAAGAUGUGAUUCAUCAAACAUUCAUCAAGUGAUUGGGAGGAUGAUUAGGGGAGAUUAUGAUGAUGAAUCGAAUUGGCAAAUGGUGGAAUAUGUUUUUGAUAAAUUAAACACAGAAGGGCGUGGAUUAGGGUUAAGAUUCUACAACACACUUCUAGAAGCUCUUUGGUGGUUAGGUCAAAAAGAAAGAGCUACAAGAGUGCUUAAAGAAGCAACAAAAAGAGGUCUUUUCCCUGAAAUAUUCCGUAAGAGCAAACGUAUAUGGUCUGUUGAUGUACACAGGUUGUGGCCUGGGGGUGCGUGUACAGCUCUAUCACUUUGGUUUAAGAACAUGAGAGAGAUGUUAAAGGAAAAAGAGGAUCUUCCUCAUUUAGCUUCAGUAGUUGUAGUAAGAGGACAGAUGGAGAAGAGUUCCAUAACAAGAGAUUUUCCAGUUGCAAAAAUGGUGUAUUCGAUUUUGAAAGACAGUGUUUCAUCAUCUUUCUGUUUACCUGGAUGGAACAAGGGUAGAAUCGUGUGUCAAAAACCUCAGCUUAAAAAGAUUCUAGUUGAUAUGGGAAAAGGGUCUGAGAAUGAGAUUAUGAAUUUGAGUAAUGCCCCUAUUCCUGUUGUGGAUUCAAGAACAAACAAGGGUAAGGUGAGAAAAGGUGGGAUGAAUAAUGAUGAAGUAAAGAUUGGUUUAAAUGGUGGGAGUGGGGCCCACAUCGAUACAAGAACAGAGGUGGCAACAGGCUCCUUUUAGAAUUUUGAAAAACCCAAUUUUGUUCUGUUCACUAAUAAUAAUCUCUUAGUUAUGGGAAAUUAGAUGUUAGUAUUUUUGUUGAUGUGUAUCAUUGCCUCAAACUUUCUAGAUUUGAUUUAGUGGCUUUUGUUAUGAUAGGAGCCAAUUAUAGCACUCAAAAUUGCUUUGUAUUUUGAUGACGUUGAUUUAAUUGGGUAGGUUUUUAAAAAGUACAAUGUUGUAAUAGGAAGACAUGAAAGUAGGA